AUACUGUAUAUCAAUUUGAUGGCAUGAAUUAUUAACCACAAACUACAGUAUACCAUCAACGGCAAAAAGGUCGAAGUGGCAGUGAAGAAAAUCAUUUCGGGGCAGACAGUAACACCUUCGGCUACCCUUGUCAACCCUCAGUGUUUGGAUCUUUAUUAUAAUAUUCCCGUGUUAGCUCAAUAAUCCGUAUAGCUAAAAUCAUGUUGUCCGCCAUGAAAAUUGCGACUUAUAGAAUAAAGACAAGUAAACAUUGAAGAACGUGUUGAUUGAGCUGCUGGUUUUGUCUUUUUGUUGUCAAGCGCUCAGCCGGUCUGGGUUUCAGUCCAACCACGCACAACAACGGGGAAAUUUCCCAUAAUUAUAAUUUUUCCUUUUGGAAACUGGUGUUCUUCUUCCACAAAUUUCUGUUUCGUGAUGAUGGCAUAUUCUGGUCGAGACAUUGCACUUUUUGUCAUUGCAAUCUUCUUUCCUCCGUUCCCGGUACUCAUAAAGCGAGGAUGCGGAGUUGAUUUUUUGAUCAACGUCUGCUUGUUUGUGCUCGGAGCUGUGCCGGGUAUCAUUCAUGCUUUUUAUAUCAUCCACAAGUAUAAUGAGAACUUUGAAGACCUUGAAAGCGGUGGUUUGCAAUAUCAGCAAGUGCCAACGGAGGACCCUGCACGAGUGGCAUACGGUGCGACUAAUAGUCCAAGAGGUAAAAGAGCAAAAGGGUGAGAAAAUAACAAGAGAUAUAAAGCUUGCUCACAUUUUAUCUUUCCGUCCUAGCA